AUGCUCCAUCAUUGGUAUCCACAGCCGAAUUUCACAGCAGCAGAACUUGUCUUCGAAAAGGAGCACCGAUUUUUACAGCCGGUCUGGGAUUAUAUAAAGGAUGGAAACGAGCACAUCCUCUCCCCCCCUCUCUUCCCUCCAUUCUACGCCCUCAGCAUCGACUAUGCUUUUGUAGCUGUAUUUACAUUCAUCGACCUCGUACUCUGUGACGUACCGUUCUUCAAAAAUCACAAGAUCCAGAAAGACCGGAAAGUUACGUGGGAUCUGAUCAAGAAAUCGCUGUUCUUGCAGAUGUGGAAUCAAUUGCUGUGGAUCUACCCAUUGGCGCUCGUUCAGCUGAUUUGGCACCUCCACCCCUUCGAGCUCUUCUUCGUCGGUACCUUCAUCACUGGCUACCACAUCACUUACGAGGACCUGAAGAAAAUGGCCGAGGAGAAGAGCAAGCGCUUCGGCCUCUACAACAAGGAAGAGGAAAAGGGAUUGGAGAAAAUCAAC